AUGAAUCGGUUUCAAGGAACCAUCCCUGACACAUUUGAUAAGAAAUGUGGGUUGAACAAUAUUAACUUCAAUGGCAAUGAAUUGGAAGGGUCAAUACCACCAUCUUUGGUUCAUUGUAGAAACAUGCAAGUGUUGGAUCUUGGUAACAACAAGAUCAAAGAUACAUUCCCUCGCUGGCUGGAAACACUGCCUGAAAUGCAAGUUCUUGUUUUGCGGUCCAACAAAUUGCACAGUUUCUUACCAAGUCCCAUGGUAAAUCAUUCUUUUCCCGAGUUAAGAAUUUUAGACCUUGCUAACAAUGACUUGGCCGGGCCUUUACCAAAAGGGUACGUUGACAACAUGAAGGGCAUGUGGAAUCUCGAUGAACAAGGAACUUCUUCAUAUAUGGGAACAAGAAAUUUCUCUUACCAUUAUUCUGUGAGUUUGACCAUCAAAGGAUUUGAGAUUAAACUUGAGAAAAUCUUGACAAUAUUCUCAAGUAUUGAUCUCUCAAACAAUAUGUUUGUCGGAGAGAUUUCAAGUUUUGUGGGACAGCAUAAUUCACUCAGAGGGCCCAACCUGUCUCAUAAUAGCUUCAGUGGUCAAAUCCCUGAAUCCAUUGGAAAUUUGACCCAACUUGAAUGGUUAGACCUCUCUUCAAACAAGCUCAAUGGCCAGAUUCCUCACAAACUCGCUGAUCUAACAUUUCUUGCCUUCUUAAACCUUUCGGAUAACCGACUCACAGGACCGACUCCUCAAGGCAGACAGUUCAAUACAUUUGAAAAUGCUUCAUACCAUGGAAACAUAGGUCUAUGCGGGUUUCCAUUAUCCAGAGGUUGCAACGCAGAUGGGUGA